UGUGAUCCUGUCUUCUGAGCAGUUUACAGAUGACGACAGAUGAUGGAGACAUUCUGCUGGAUUACUCUAAGAAUCUCAUCAAUGAAGAAGUCAUGCGCAUGCUCUUCGACAUGGCGCGAUCGGUGGGCGUUGAAGCUGCCAGAGAGAAGAUGUUUGCAGGGGAAAAGAUCAACUUCACUGAGGGUCGUGCUGUUCUCCACACCGCCCUGAGGAACCGCUCUAACACUCCUAUCAUGGUGGACGGUAAGGACAUAAUGCUGGACGUGAACAGAGUCCUGGAGCAGAUGAAGGGCUUUUGCCAUAAAGUGCGCAGUGGCGAGUGGAAAGGCUUCAGUGGUAAAGCCAUCACUGACGUCGUGAACGUUGGCAUUGGUGGUUCUGACUUGGGUCCUCUGAUGGUGACUGAAGCUCUGAAGCCGUACUCUAAAGGAGGACCCAACGUCUGGUUUGUCUCUAAUAUUGAUGGCACACACAUGGCCAAGACCCUCGCCCAGCUCAACGCCGAGACCACCCUCUUCAUCAUCGCAUCCAAGACGUUCACCACCCAAGAGACCAUCACUAAUGCUGAGACGGCCAAAGAAUGGUUCCUCCAGGCCGCUAAAGAUACAUCUGCUGUGGCCAAACAUUUUGUGGCUCUUUCCACAAAUGCACCAAAAGUCAAGGACUUUGGUAUCGACACCAACAACAUGUUUGAGUUUUGGGAUUGGGUCGGCGGGCGCUACUCGCUGUGGUCGGCUAUCGGUUUGUCCAUUGCACUGCACGUAGGUUUUGACAAUUUCGAGCAGCUUCUAGCUGGUGCUCACUGGAGAGCAAUCAUCCUGCAGAGCACUCCAGCAGUUUUCGAAGGAAACAAGCCAAGCAACUCGAUCAUUUUCAAGAAACUUACACCAUUCAUGCUUGGUGCAUUUGUUGCCAUGUAUGAACACAAGAUCUUUGUGCAAGGUGUGAUGUGGGAUAUCAACAGCUAUGACCAAUGGGGUGUGGAGCUCGGCAAGCAACUGGCCAAGAAGAUCGAACCCGAGCUGCAGGACGACGCAGAGGUUCAUUCCCACGACUCCUCCACCAAUGGACUCAUCAGCUUCUUCAAGAAGAACCGCUCUUAAAUGUUUCCUAACUCCUCCCCUUUAACCCUACCUCUGCUGACCCCCUCAUCCAAUGAGAUUAGUGAAUUAUGUAUUAACGCUUGGCAUAGUUCAUAUAAUAAGCCUAGACAAGGAGGACAAGCACUUUAUGUCUGUCAUCAUGUAUAAGCCAUGAGAUUCUUGUGUGUUGCGUAAGAUUUGACUGUAUUCAUGUAUCUGUGGACCAGUAUGGGACGACUAUCUGUUUGCACUGCACACUCUAGAUGGAUUUCAUGUUCUCCUUUGGGCCAAGGAACCACAAUAAAUGUAUUCUUUGUCACCUUGCUUAAUCGCAUAUUC